CCGACUGAAUGACCUGCAUUUGAACUGUCUUUUGUUGAAAAUUUGUUUGUUCUCUUCAAAGAAUUGAGUCUGCGGUGCUUGCUCUGACUUGUUUAUUUAUAUAUCUAAUUCAUGUUUCCGGAGAAAAAGUCAUUUGAAGUUAACAAUCAUGAAAAGUUUCAACAAACUCAGUAAACUAAGCUUUGCAACUUUCAAAAUUGACAAUCUUAUUAAAUUAGAGAAACUUAAUGCAUUAGAGAUUUUGUGGAAAAUACCAGGUAUUUUUAGUCACUUUUGGUGACUACAAAAGGCAGACAAAGUAGACAAAUGGAAUUAGCAAGAGCACAAUUUAAUUUGCUAGAACAUUUCUAACAAUUUGUUGUAAGUAGGUUACAUAUAAACAAAAAAAUGCUUUCUGAUGUCUUUGAUUGUGAGUUCAAAUUAAUAGGGUGUUUGCAUUACAUAUCCAUUGCAGGAUGAAGAUAAUAGCCUGACCUCAAAGUAAUAGGGGGCUUACUCCUAAAAUAAGAAGUUAACGUUCCUAAUAAUAGGGGAGGGUUGUUUUGAAAAUGGAGGUUCUGACCCCUCUGCCAACUACUAAAAAAUAAUAUUUGCAGAGUCAGCUUUUUUCUACCACAGUCAUUUUUCUUAAAAAUCUGGAAAGUCAUGUGAGUCAUGCGGAAAACUCCUUUUCUGUCCAACUUAACUGUUAAAAGUUGUGCUUGUACUUUGAAAUUUUCAUUCUUCUUCCUAGAUAUUGUGCAAAAUAUUUAAUAGUGGGAGCUUGAAAAAGUUCUUUUAAUUCAAUUUUUCUGUGUUUUUGUUUUUCUAUAUGCUGUUUGUGUCGCAAAUAAGAGUACAGAAUUUUGUUUGCAUCUAGUGUUAAGUGGCAAAGCAUUAAAUGUCACAAAUCUGAAAAUAUUUGAAUGCUAUAUGUUGUGCUUUGUUCACAUGAUUUCAAUUCUUUUGAAUCGAAAGAAAUGUGGAAUUCUGGUCAGCAGCCACCUGCUUGGGGGUGGCCACCAAAUCUUAAUUAUCAGUAUAGUCACCAGCAAGUCGAUCCUAGUCAAGGUUGGGCUGCAGCUGCAGCAUUAUGGGCACAACAAAGACAACUCCAAGAGCAAUAUCAAAAUGGUGGUGUAUCUUCACCAUCAAAUGUAAAGCCUCCUGAACCACCUGGACCUCCACCAGCGAUGCCACCAUUACCACCCAUGCCAUCCAGUAACUCUGUAGAAGUUCAUGACUACAUGCAUGGAAAAACUGCAGUACCACCAACAGAAGUUGUGGACUACCAGCAUGGGCGAGUGGCAGAGCCUGUCCAUGGAGAUGUUAUUGACUAUAACCAUGGAAAACCAGAAAGUGUGUCCGAGCAGAAUUGGGCCCAUGGCAAUGACACAUGGCAGCAACCUUCACAUCCUCCUCCAGGAAAUUAUUAUAACAAUGAACAAUGGGGUAACGAGUAUGCCAACUACUAUGAUUCUGCCCCACCAGAAACAGAACAAAGGUUAUAUCACCAAAGUGAUGAGAACGUCAGCAAUAAUAUUCAACCGAAGCAUGGGUUGUCAACUGAUUUUCACAAGUCUACAGGGCACUAUAACAAAGCAGAUUCUAAACAUCUUCAUGUGUUGCAAAACAUUUCUGGUAAUAGCUCACCAGAUGCAGCAGCGCUUGCAAAGAAAACAAAAACUCUUCCACUGUGGCUACGACAGGGCCUUGAAAAACUAGAAAAAGACAAAAAUAAGCCCACCAGCGAGAAGACAGAUAAUUUAAGUUCGAAAUCUGAUAGUUUGCCAACUUCUCCAGCAAAAGAAAAAAUGAAUGAUUCAGAAGUUGAGCGAGAGCAAAACAGUGUAGUAGAUAGUGAUGAAGAAGAACAAGAAGACACGCGUCGUCACAAGCAAGACCGACAUCGCGUUAGACGAAGUCCCUCUGUGGAGCACAAUGAAUACAGUAAAGCUUCUUCCGAGGACGAGUCUGAAGAGGAAGAUGAAGUAGAAAAGCAAAGAAAGUUGAUGUUGAAAAUAAAAACGUGGAUGACAGAAAUCCUUUUAGGCGUAACAAAUGCCAGUGUAAAGGAAAUAUGCCAUGAUGUUUAUUUUGAAAUCAAGAAAUCAGUGAAAGUUAAAGCGAAACAACUGAGAAGAUCUGGUGGAUUAGAUGCGUUACGCAUGGCUAGUUUAGGAGAUGAAGAUUCUGCCAGUAGUGAAGAUGAUCAAGAUAAGGAGGAAGAACAAGACAAACGUAAAUCUUUAAAAGAGAAAAGAAAAGAAAUACGUACUCAGAAUGCUGGGGAUCUCUUUACGGAAAAGCGAACUGAUAAAUCGGAUCGCUUUUUAGAACUGCAAGAGGGUGAACGUCGACUUAAGCGAGAAGAACAGCCGAAGAGUUACGAAGUUAACGACUUGAGGCCUCAUGAACAAAGAGAACAGAAAGUAGAAAAGAAUAAUUCAGGAACCAGAAGCAGGAGACGUUCCUCUCACGAAGAGGCUAACAACAGCGGAAACGACAGUAGUUCAGAGAGUGUAAGUAGGAGUGAGUCAUCCGACAGUGAGAGAGAGAGAAGGAGAAAGAAAUCCAAAAGGCGUCGAUCACGUUCUGAAAGCGAGUCUCCACCGAAAAAGUCUCGCAAGAAAUCGAAACGGCGCGGACGAGAAAGUUCUUCGAGUGAUUCAGAACGCCGAAAGAGAAAGAAAAAACGUAAAAACCGAGGCUCUUCUUCGGAUUACGACAGCGACAAUUCGUCUUCGACAACCAAAAAGAGGUCAAGGGGUAAGAAGCAUAAACACAAAGCCCGAUCUUCUUCCAGGUCUCCACGACGUUAUAAAAGAAAGCGUUAGAGCACCUGGGAGAAGGUAAGUACAGCUGCGUAAAAAGCGAAAGACCCUCCACCGUGGUUGUUGGAAUUCAUGGGCAAAGGUUAAACAAAUUAGCGAUUACAAGAUGGCAUCCGUGGUAGAUUCGGCUGAGAAAUCGUGCCGUUAGUUAUAUAAGCUGGUUUCUAGUCCUAAGUUAAAAGCAACAAAAGAGUUUAAACAGUCUAGUUUCCAGUACUUUUGUAUUUCGUGUAUACAUGCAUAUACAUGGUGAUCAACCUUCCCCAACUCUACGUUCCUCGUUGAACUGCAAUCUUUUUUCUGUUGUUUUGUCCGUGAUAAGAUGUAAAACUGGCUGAUUUUCGCGUCACUAACAAGCAGAAAGGAUAACUUUUUGGUGUGGUGCUGGGUGGGGUCGUCUAGUAUAAAUUUCAAAAACAUCUUCAUUCUUAUCACAAGUCCCCACUCUUCCCAAGAAUCCUUUAUUGUUAAAAUAAAAAAAUAAUUUAAUUUGAACAAGUGAAGAAGUACUGGUUACUAGUGUGCAACGGAAUAAUAUUCGAACUGGUCAAAUGUUGUGAAAGUGUGCUGUAAUAUUGUUCAAGAAAUGUUAGAAAUCGGUUUAUGUAUAUAGCUGCGAUGUGUAUUUUUACAUAGCUUCUAAUUUUGUAGAUAAAAAAAAACAUAAAAGAAAUUUUUACAAUUUU